GUUUGCGGGUGCGGGGCUGUCUGACACCCCCCCAGGCUGAAGGGGCAGCCCUUGGCCAGCGUGUCCUCCUCGCCCCCUGCCCAGGAGCCAUGUCCACGUCCAGGCUCUUCACCCUGGUCCUGGUGGUGCAGCCAACCCGCGUCCUCCUGGGCAUGAAGAAGCGCGGGUUUGGAGCCGGGCUGUGGAACGGCUUCGGGGGGAAGGUGCAGCCGGGGGAGAGCAUCGAGGAGGCUGCCCGCAGGGAGCUCCUGGAGGAGAGCGGGCUGACCGUGGACACCUUGCAGAAGAUGGGCAGGAUCACCUUUGAAUUUGUAGGCAACUCUGAACUGAUGGAUGUUCACGUUUUCCGGGCGGAUGAAUUUCACGGAGAGCCAACAGAAAGCGAGGAAAUGCGGCCCCAGUGGUUUCGGCUGGACGAGGUGCCCUUCAAUCACAUGUGGGCAGACGAUAUCUACUGGUUUCCCCUGGUGCUGCAGAAAAAGUUGUUUCGUGGCUAUUUUAAGUUCCAGGGACAAGACACUAUCCUGGAGCACAGCCUGAAAGAAGUGGAGGAAGUUUAAGAAAACAGAAGCAUUAGAUGUAUGUGCUGCUGCCCACGCUGGGCGAGAACACCACGAGUAUGAGUCCUAAGGGUCUCCUUUCUCAGCUCUCCAGCAAAGAGAAGGCCCUGGGAAGUCAGGAAAAUAAGGGGGUUUCUUACAGCAAAAAGAAAAGUAACAAGAUUUCCAUGCUGUGAAGUCCCUGGCUGUGGUAUACUUUAGCGGUUAUGUGAUCACAACUAUUAAAAACAUAGUGUUAACCCUUUUCUUCACAGGUGGCUAAUGCUUUAGGCUUUUCCCCUUGUGGCUGGAAAUGUUUUUAAAAGAUUAAAAAAUAUUUUUAAAA